AUGGAAAUCAAGGAGCUUGAGCUUUCUGAGAUGUGCGAGGAGCUCGCGAAGCCGACGUGGAAUGUGCCUCUCAUUUUCAUUGGCGAUGUUGGUGGCACGAGCGCCCGCCUGGGAUUCGCCCACCGCGGCAGAAACGAUGCCGUGUGCAUCGUCACCAAGCGGUUUCACAUGAAGAACAAAGACAUCUGCGACCUGCUCAUAUUCUUCGAGGAGAUCCUCAAGGUGGUGCCGGCCUCCAUUAUCGCGCGCGUGGCAGCUGGUGUGAUCAACGUCCCCGGGCCGGUCACGGGCGGUGCGGUGGGUGGGCCGUUCAACAACCUCAAGGGCCUCGCUCGCCUUGCCGAUUACCCGAAGCAGCUGUUCCCGCCGGGCCGUAGCACGAUCCUCAACGACCUCGAGGCCGGCGGCUUCGGCGUGCUGGCUGCCAGUGAUGCGCACGUCUUCGCGGAGUACUUUGACCUCAUGUGGGAGGGCACACAGUGGCAGAAAUGCGAGCAGCAGCCGGCGGGGUCUGUGCUCGGCCGCGGCCGCUGCGUUGUGCUGGCCCCUGGUACCGGCCUUGGCUCGUCGCUCAUCCACUACGACGAUAUGAGCAAGCGUUAUAUCGUCCUUCCGCUCGAGCUCGGCUCACAGACGCUCCAGAUACGGGAUGACCUUGCGUACUUCCAGGACGCCGCCAAGAGUCUCUCGCGCCUGCCCAGCUACGAGAACAUGGUGAGCGGCGGUGGCUUUGAGUACCACUACAAGCAGUUGGUGGGUGGAGACAAGCCGGCGAUGUCGGCCGGUCAGAUUGCGCGCCUCGCACGCCAAGGUGAUGAGAAGGCCGUACAGGCUAUGAAGAUCUUCAAUAUGUACCUCAUGCGCAUUGCCAGCGAGGCCAGUAUGGCAUUUGUGCCCCUCACCGUCGUGGUUGUUGGCGACAACAUUGUGAAGAAUGGGAUGUUUUACAGCAACCCGGAGAAAAUCCAGGAGAUGCGGAGUGAGGCACUCAACCACGCGAUGGAGCGCUUCGGUUUCCAGAGCCGUGUGACGUACCUACGGCAGAAGAAGCUGUUGAACCUCAACCUCAUCGGGUGUUACCAAUGCGGGCUGCCGCUCAUCAAGAAGGGCAAUCAUGCAUCGAAGUUGUGA